ACAGAAUUACCAUACCAGUGCUCAACCCACAAUGUUUAUAGCUAGAAAGUCGUUGUCACGUGUAUUACUGAGACCGGCUGUACAUGUGGGACCAAUCCUGAGUCAGUCACUGUUAUUAAGGACAAAUAUAGUGGGAUCUAUUAGAUCUAUAAGGAACUUAUUUAUUCAAACUGUGGAGACCCCCAAUGAGAAUGCGUUAAAGUUCUUACCAUCCACUCGUAUUUUGAGUAAUGAGAAUGAAACUCGAGAGUUUUUAAGUGGACGAGAAGCUGCGUGUUCUCCGUUAGUAGUCAAAUUAUUCAGUAUAGAUGGAGUUAAGUCCAUUAUGUUGGGAACCAAUUUCAUUACUGUUGAAAAAGUUGGUAAUCAGGAGUUAGAUUGGUCAUUACUUAAACCAGAAAUAUUUUCUAUUUUGACGGAGUAUUUGACAAAUGGAUCUCCUAUUUUGAUUGAAGAUAGUAAACUUGCUAAUGAUGUAUUGAUCAAUGAAGAGGAUGAUGAAGUUGUAUCGAUGAUCAAAGAAUUGAUCUUUACCAGAAUCAGACCUGCCAUUCAAGAUGAUGGAGGAGAUAUUGAAUUUGUUAAGUUUAGAGAGUCUGAUGGGACAGUAUUUUUAAAAUUAAUGGGAGCAUGUAGAUCAUGUGACUCCAGUUCAGUAACUUUAAAGAAUGGGAUUGAAAGUAUGUUAAAAUAUUAUAUCGAAGAAGUUCAAGCAGUUGAACCUAUCGAAGAAAUGGAAGCUGAGCAACCUGAAGUUCAGUUUGAAUCAGCAAACUUAUCUCCUCGUACCAGGGACGAAGAAUCUUCUUCUGUUCCUCCAAACUUGUAAAUAGUCGACGCUAGGUGUUUAUAGAUUUCUUUCAUUUAUUCAGCUCAAUACAUAACGAUUACGAUUACGAUUACGAUUACGAUUACGAUUA